CACGAGGGCUCGCAGGGCACUGUUCUGAUGAUCGCUGACUGAACACACUACACCACUGUGCUGACUAUCGAAAAGGAGGCUCUCCACGCUCGCCGAGACCACGCACCGACACCCAGCAACGCACAGAGCGGCCAGGAGGCUUCGGCAUGAUGAGCUGCAUGUAUCGCAUUUUUUGUCCGGCCACCGACGGCCGGAUCCUUUCUUCAUCGACUUCAUCUUCAUCGCCGCUGCCCCGCUCCCGCCCCCUCCCCCUCUCGCUCUCUCUCGUGAUGCUCACGCUCUCUCUCUCAACAACAUCGCUACUGCCCCUGACUUCGGCCCUCCCACUGGUUGGCCGUGGUGUUGUUGGUGGUGGUGUUGGGCCACUCAACCGCAACGGGCGCCGCCCCGCCAUCCCUGAGGACGUCAAGGUGACUGACGGCCUGUGCAACCUCAACAAUCCCUGUGUGCCCACGGCCAACUGCACACUCACCGUGCCUGUGGUGGGCAAGAUGGUGUGCGAGUGUCCCAAGGGUUUCCAGGGUGACGGCAAGAAGGCGGGCACCGGCUGCCAAGACGUGGACGAGUGCAAGGCGGGAACGCACACGUGUGGGUCUGAGAAGGACGGGGCCAUGUGCAAGAACACCGAGGGGUCCUUCGAGUGCGGCUGCCAAAAGGGGUGGGAGAAAGGCAAGGGCGGCAAGUGCUUCGGUGAGUGAACAGCCAGCCAGGGAGGGACGGAGAGGGGUGGAUGGCGAUCGAUUGACGCGGAUGUGGGGUGGGUGGUUCGUUCAGACGUCAACGAGUGCGCCAGUCCUCUGACCAACACGUGCGGUGGCGAUAGUACAUGCACCAACCUACCUGGUACCCGACCAUAAACGCCUCUCUCACCCACGUGCACUUCUCACUCUCUCCAUCGGCUUGAUUGAUACAGGCACGUAUCGGUGCGACUGUGGUGACAAGACGAUGAAGGCGGCGCUCAACGGCACGUGCGUCGACCUCAACGAGUGUGAGGACGAGGACGGCAAGUACAACGCAUGUGCGCAGAAGUGCAAGAACACACUUGGGGGCUUCACCUGCUCGUGCAACGAGGGGUACACACUCAACGCCGACGGCCAUGCAUGUGACGGUGAGCCCGUGAUCGCCCAACUACACAUGGCACAUGGUGGCCCAUGACGGCUGGUGUGUGGCAUGGUGCAGAUAUCGACGAGUGCACCGCGGGGACACACAAGUGCGGUCAGCACAAGUGCGUCAACUCGGUGGGGAGCUACCGCUGCGAGUGCAGUGCCGAAUUGGGAUACCAAGGGGCGGAAGACGGAGUCACCUGCAUCAGUACGCUCUCUCACAGCUUUUCCUGCCGACCGAUCAGACACACAGGAUGGUCUCCAUGUGAUGUGUCUGUAGAUCUGAAUGAGUGCGCCAUGAAUCCCAACAUCUGCGGUCGUGAGAACUGCUGCAUGGACCUGGAGCCCGAGCGGGGCCGCUACAACUGCAGCAGGGCCAUUGCCGUCCCCUCAGCAUCAUCAUCACUCUUCCGCUCACCACUGCAAACAGCAACAGCAGCCACCCACGGCACCGUCUCCGCCCUUGGGGCAGGCGCACCAUCAGCAUCAUGCGUCGGCCUUCUCUGCCCGGCCCAUCAGCGCAUCCAGCAGCAACAGGCAGAGAGAGAAGCCAUGGCUCAGAUGCUCGCGGCUGCCAGUGCCGGUGCCCCUGGUGCUGGUGCCGUGAAGUGCCUGGAGCGAGACGUCGAGUACCAGGGGUGGGACAUCCGGACGACCGACGGCGUCAUGGCAGUGGCCGAUUGCCAGCAGGCGUGCCGGAAGGACCCCGGGUGCGACUUCUUCUCUUACCGUGCCGAAAGGAGCCUGUGUGAGCUCAAGGCCUCCAACGCGGGACGUACACAGAGCGGAGGCGUCGUUUCCGGACCCAAGGUCUGCCCACAGGUUAUGCAGGCCAUGGGCGGAGCACUACCAAGACAAAGUAAGCACCCCUGCACCCCCCUCUCUCCCCCCCAACGCACCACCAUCCCUCCCUCCCUCCCUGUGUGUUGUCUCAUCGUUCCUCAGGGUAUCCCCGCUUUGGCGGUCGUCGCGGCCGUGGCCUUCAGCCUCUUCAGCGCCGGUCAGAGGUGAUGUGGUCGUGUCCUGAGGGCUACAAGUACGCCUCCGACUGGGCGAGAGAGAAGAAGAAAGAGCGGCGGCAGAACUUCGUCGACACCGUGGUCAAGGAGACGUCCGUCCAGGACCUCGGCAGCCUCGCCACCGACAACGUCUUCUCCGACCUUGCCUCAGCCGGGCUGACCGGGCUGAUCAAGGGCAACAAGACGGAGUCGGGCCAGCAGCAGCAGCUAGGCCAGGGUGAGCAGGACGGCACUAGCAGCACUCUCCCCGUUUCGUCAAUGAUGCCCAAGGCGCCUAGCGGUCUGGCGGGUUUCCUAGACUCGUUGCUGGCGAGCGACGUCGAAUUCAGCGAUGUAAGUUGGCCGUGGGAGACGUAGCCGUACGGUACAAUGGAGCACGCAAGCAGUAGACACAGGAAGGAGUAAGCCGUACUGAAAAAACGGGGGGAGCGAGCCAAAGGGGAGGGAUGGAGGGAUGGUUGGUAACCGCAUCCAUUCACGCAUGCACGCACACACACGUCCAUGUGUGCCCGUGAUUUUCUAAGAUGCAUCCAUCCAUCCAUCCGUUUAGUUACACACACUGCAGCACAAGUGGCCAAUUGAUCACCGUCUCUCUCUCUGUCUCUGUCUCUGUCUUGCGUGCAGCUCUCCCAAAUCGCGAACUUGGCGCUCAACAUCGCGGGUAUCGCCGGCGACUACUCCAUCUAAUCCGGCGGACCGGCGCCCCGGCACGAUUCCCAGCGCGUCCACCGCCAUCCAUCGCAUGUUUGUCGUGAGUGAUUCCUUCCUGUGUCCGUCCGUGGGAGUCCUUGCCCGACAGUCGCAGCCCUCCCCGCAAUCGCCGUUUGAGCGUUGGCGUCGUACGAAGGCUGCCCUCGGGUCACCAGAGACUCCCACGAGUGAUAGACGAGAGAUGAGAUGACAUGAGAUAAGACAGAAGGGAAGGCACAUCGAUAUGUUUAUGGGUUUGUCCAUAGGUCUGUAUGUAUGUGUGCAUGUAUGUGUGUGAAUGUAUGUGUGUGUCUGUGUAUGUGUGUAUUGCUUUGAUCGGUCGCUGAGUGCAGAGAAGGUGUCGUAUGUGUGUGCGUCGACUGGACCGUUUUGCCUCCCUUCUUGGCUUGGCUUUUUUCCGUGUUCGUGUUUCAUUGACUGACAGAGACAAGAGAGAGAGUGAGCGAGACGCUACAUACAUAUCGUCGAUCGCAUACAUGUCUGUCUGUAUGUGUACAUGCGCAUGACUGAUGUCUAUCGCUAGCAGGCAGCCC